AUGAUUUGUAAAAUAGAUGUUCUUUAUAGAUACUUUACAAAAUCACAUGCAGUAUUUCACUUUUUAGAUAAUGCAAUUAAAGUCUUGCAAAUUAAAGAUGGAACUUUAAAAAGUCAUACAAAAACUCAUUGGUCUAUAAU